CACCACCUCUCCUCACUCAAACACCUCACCGAUGUCCGAUCUCUCCGCGCCCCUCCCAACGUAUGCCGACGUGCAGUCUGCAGCCACGCGCCUAGCGGGCGUAGCACACCGCACGCCGGUCCUCACCUCCUCGACGAUCGACGGCGUCCUUGGCGCCCGCCUCUACUUCAAAUGCGAGAACUACCAGCGCAUGGGCGCGUUCAAGUUCCGUGGCGCAUACAACGCCCUCUCACAGUUCACGCCGGCGCAGCGCGCCGCCGGCGUCCUCGCCUACAGCUCGGGGAAUCACGCGCAGGCGAUCGCCCUCUCCGCCCGCUUACUGGGUAUGCCCGCCGUUAUCGUCAUGCCCUCCGACGCGCCGUCCGCCAAGCUGGCCGCGACGCGCGGCUACGGCGCUGAGGUGGUGCUGUACGACCGCUUUACGGAGGACCGCGAGGCGAUCUCGCGUGACCUCGCGUGCGAACGCGGCCUCACCCUCAUCCCGCCAUACAACCACCCGCACGUCAUGGCGGGGCAGGGCACGGCGGUGGCCGAGCUCCUCGAGGAGGUGCCAGACCUCGACGUCCUUUUCGUGCCUCUCGGCGGUGGGGGGCUGCUCUCGGGUUCCUUACUUGCUGCUAAGGCGCUCGCUCCUCAGUGCGAGGUGUACGGGGUCGAGCCAGACGCGGGGAACGACUUCCAGCAGUCUUUGAGGAGCGGGAAGAUCGUCAAGAUCGAGACGCCAAAGACUAUCGCGGAUGGCGCGCAGACGCAGGCAGCAGGGGACCUCACCUUUGCUGUUGUGCGUGAGCAUGUGACCGAUAUUCUGACGGCCACGGACGCUCAGAUAGUAGACGCGCUCCGCUUCUACGCCGAGCGCAUGAAGAUGGUGGUUGAACCGACCGGGGCGCUGUCUCUCGCUGCCGCUCAAAAUGCCGGGAUCAACAUCAAGGGCAAGAAGGUUGGCAUCUUCAUCAGCGGCGGCAACGUUGACAUUGCCAAGUACGGCGAGCUGCUGAGCCGGGGGUUGUAACUCGACAGUGCUCGACUAAGUCCAGGCUCAGCCCUCUCUCCAGCUGUAUUAGAUCAUGCAUCGCCUACAGACCCCAGCGCCGCGCUACAGACGCUCGCGGAGGUACUCGACAACCUUGUCCAUGGAGACCUCCUCGCCGUUGUCGGCACCCGCGGCGCGCUCAACGCCCUGUUCCUUGAUGCGCACGAUACCCUUCUCGAGCUCGGCAGGCGCGAGAAUCGCAACGUAGCGCACUUGGUCCGUGUCGGCCUGAGACCA